AAAAUUGAGAAAGAGAUGGACAAGGAGCUAUGUGAUGAACUACUUCAAGAAGUCUUCCUAAGGCUGCCACCAUCAACCUCCUCCACCGUUUCUUUGGUCUCCAAGCGGUGGCUCCACCUCUACCGCACCUCCACCACCUCCCUCUCUCUCCGUCUCAGCCCUCAUCCUUCCACCCUCCCUUCUCUCUCCUCCAUCCUCUCUCACUACCCUUUCCUCUCUACCCUCUCUCUCCUCUUACCCCCCGACCCUCCCACUGUCGGAAAAACCACCGCUUUUUCCGACCACCUCCUCCUCCUAGUCUCCUCCUUCUGCCCCAAGCUUCACAGCCUCAGGUUCUUAGCCGGCCCUGUCUCUCUUUCCUCCCUCACUUCUCUCUCCUCAUCAUGUACCCACCUCACCUCUCUCUGCAUCAAUCUGUCCAGGCCUCUGUUCCUCAUGUGGGUCCUCAAGUUUCGGUCUUUGAAGGAACUGUCGAUCAGGGUUUGCUCUGGGGGCGGCGUUGACCCCAAUUGGGAACAUGGGUUUUCUGCAGAGGAGGAUUCGGCUGCAGAAUUGGGUUUGGAGAGUCUCUGUUUAUCUGGAAUCGGAGAUGACGAUAGGGGCUUUGGGUGGCUGUGGAGGAGCUGCAGAAAGCUGAAGAAACUGCAGUUGAAGAGCUGUGAAGGGAUUGGGGAUGGAGGGUCAUUUUCGUCAUUUGCCAUGUGUUUGCAGGGUGUUCAGGAGCUGGAGCUCCGGACUUGUAGGGCGAUAAUCGACGGCGUUCUACUGAAAGUGGCGGAGAAUUGUGAUUCUCUGACUUCACUCUUGGUUUAUGAUGGUGGCAGCAGAGAUGGUCUGCUUAGAUUCUUCAGCCGAAGGCGUUGUAACCUGCGAAAACUCGAUUUUCGAUUGCCUCUCGACCUUAAUAACGAUCAUCUGUUGGCUGUGGCGAAGAAUUUCAGAAGCAUUUCAAGUAUUAAGCUUCAAAGUUGCUGUCUUGUGAGUGGUGAAGGCAUCAAGGCUCUUGCUAUCGCUGCGAGUUCUGGCCUCGAAGAAUUGGCACUGGUGAAUUGUGACGUGGUUGAAAGAGAACCGGGGUUGUUGGCCACAUUAGGACAGAAUUUGAGGCAAUUGAGGAAGCUGGAUUUGUCUUAUAACGAAAUGUUGGCGGAUAAAGAGUUUGUAUCGAUGUUAGUUUCGUGUAAUAAUUUGGUUGAUUUGAGAUUGAGAGGGUGCGGAAGGCUUACUUAUGCAGCCGUGGUUUCGAUUUUUAAGAGCUGUAAGCAUUUGGAGAGUGUUGAUAUCAUGCACUGUCGUGAGAUUCGAGCUGACGCGAUUGAGUUUUUGGUGCUCAGCUGCCCUCGGCUGAGACAGGUGCAGGUGGAGCAAAGCAAGGUAACGGAUGUCGCAAAGACUUGGGCCUCAUGUGAGUUCGUUGCGGCUGAUGCUUGAUUCGGCAAAGCUACAAAUGUAUGUUUAUGUUAAUAACAUGUUUCGAAGGAAGCGAAACAGGUAUUUAUCGAUUCACUAUACUUGUUCUGUUUUAAAUUGUAUGUAUGUUUGUUGUCUGGAGAUGAACUCCAGAAGAGCAGCUCGUGCUCCUCUCUGAAUAUGGUACUUGUAUGUGUAUGAAUGUUGAUUAUUUAUAAAUCAUAAGAGUAUUGCAUCGGUUACAUCUAA